AUGGUUCGCUUCGCAUCGCUGGCUGUUUCGCUUGUCACUCUUAUCGCUGCUGCUAUGCCAAGCACGGCAUUUGAUGCUCGCAGCGACCUCAACGCGCGAAUGGUUUAUGACCCGAAGAUUCUCUACCCGACGCACGAUACUGUGUGGAAGGUGGGCGACAAGGUCAACGUGACCUGGCGUGCUGCUGACAUGCCUCGCGAAUUUAGGGAAUACACGGGUAAGGUUAUUCUUGGACACAUUGAGCCUGGCUCAAUGAAUGAACAUCUGGCGAACACGCUCGCCGAAGACUUCAAAAUGGCCGAUGGUAACGUGACCUUUACAGUGCCGCACGUAAAGGAACGCGAUGACUACGUGGUGGUGCUGAUGGGAGACUCUGGCAACCACUCACCUAAGUUUACCAUCCGCUCCGCUUAA